UAAGCGCAGCACUUCCACCUUCACGGCGAGCUGGUCAGUCUUGUGUAAAUAAACCCUGCCCACACGCGAGCCGCGUCCACUUUCACAGCGAGAUUUCGGCGUUAAAAACGUUUCUCAAGUAAGUUUUGUGUUUUGGCAACUUUGUCUUAUCCUCAAGAAACGAACGAGCUGUCUGGUAAAGGCGUUGCAUUGGUAAUGGCUGCAGAAAGCGAGCACGAUGAUCCAUUCCAACAAAUUCUGCAUCAAAUCGGUGGGAAAAGUAACAUUCAUUUAAUCAGUGCUGUGACUGGACCUGAUGGAGACACCCGGGGAUUACAGGACUUUAUCGCUGAUAUGUUUAAUAACGCGGAGCACGAAGAAACCACUGGCAACAGUAACGGCGCAAUCACAAUCCAAACUAAUGUGUCACGCACUGAUCGAUCAGAACAGAGUUCACCCGAUCACUGCAGCAAGAGCCAGAAACCAGAUCCACCCAAGAACAUCGGCGCAAAGCAGAGAGCCAUUAAGUGCUCCGUGAUCAUAUUCAUCUUCAAACACGAUUAUGUGUGUAAUAAAGAGAAUCACGUGUGUUUGAGGGAGAUUCUGAAGGACGUGCGAGCUCGCGUAAAGAGAAACGCGCUCCGCCCGGCGCUGCUGGGACUCGUUCACACUGACCGUGAUCAAUCGGAGUGUCGCGAUUCAGUGGGAUUGCUGGAUCGAUCACUGCGAUCAGUGUUCACUAAUCACCCCUCACAGGCCAUAUGGACCGGCUGUUACGUCACAAAGUCCCCGGAUUUGUUGCAGGCGAUCAGAUGGCACGCCUGCAUGGCUGUGAAGUCUUCAGUGUCUGCAGAUAGCGCCGUUGGCAGUAAAAGCAGUCUGUUUUGGCCAGUGAAAUGUUUCCCGGGAAUUUUCAGGAAGAGACACAGAGGACAGGCUGAUGUAAACACCAAGAGUUGGCAGCAAGCCAAUCCACAUGCAACUGUGGAAGGAAUUCCACUGCAGAUGCGGCACACAACAGACUGACGCCAGACCGGCUUUGCUAAUAGACCAAAAUGGAUGAAGAACAAGCCUCAAACUGUGUGCCUGUGUGCUACACAGGUCAUAUACUCUUGCACUAUGACUUACCAGUCAGGAAGAUUUGGAGAAAUGAGAAAUGAAGGCGAUGAAAGGCUGCUAGAGCAUUAUUCAUGAUGCAUCUUUAAUAGCUCAGAAGGAUAUAUCACUACUAUAACAGUAGCAUACAGAGUUUAUUAGUAUUAAAUAAUCUAAUGUGACAAUUGCUGAACACUGUGAUUGACUAAUGUA